UGUUAGUGCAAUUGCGUUGUUUAGCUAACAAAAAUGCGAAACAUAACGAGUUCUCUUUAAAGGAUUUAAAAUAUUUAAUUAAAACAUCAAAAAACAAUUGGCUUUCGUUGCACGCAUGGUCAGCAUGUGAUUUGCAACGACUGUAAAAAAGGCCACGAAAAAUUUACAGCGAAACGAUAUAAAAGUUAUUUGAACGUCAGCACCAGGGCUCAGUUUUACAUGAGCAGCGGGCAGAGCAACGCGCGAGGACGAGCUGCAAUAGCAGCAGCUGCAGUUGGCAAUUGCGGUCGUAGACAUUCUUGGCGUGACUGCGGCGCAUUAAAUCAACGUGUGAAACACAAACCGGAAGUGCAAGCUAGACCCAGGCACCGCCCCCUACCCUGACCUCAACCUUAACCCCGAGCCCGACUACGAUCCUGAACCUAGAACUGUGCCCGAUCCUGUGCAACUGGUGGUCGCAAUGUCUGUCACUGUCUAUGCCUGGGGCGCCAAUUCUCACGGUCAACUCGGCCUUGGUUACGAAUCGGAGCUCUGCAUGACACCGCAGCGCCUAUCUAAAUGCUCAUUUCUGCCUCAGCUGGUGCGCUGCAUACGCGGCGGUGGAGGUCACGUACUAAUCCUCGAUAGCAAUGGACGUCUGCAUGCCUGCGGCUGGAAUAAUCGCGGCCAAUUGGGUCUAAACUCUAACGAAGAAUGCCAUAAUGAGUUCUCCAUGGUGCCCACCGAAUUUUUUGAAGAAGUACCUGUGGAGUUCAUCAGCUGCGGUUGGGAUAUAUCAGGCGCUAUUACAGUGACCAAACGCCUCUUUGUCUGGGGCUCGAAUGCGUUUCAGCAGCUUGGAAUUUGCCAGCGCGGCUUUAUGGCAGUGCGGAGACCAAUGCCUGUGCGUUUGCCGCGCGAGGAGCCGGCGCAAAGGAUUAGCUUCGGUCUGCGCUUCUGUGCUGUGCUCACGCAGGAUCAGAAAAUCUAUAUAUUUGGGCGUUUGCGCAUUAUGGAUCCGCCACCCAUUGAAUUGGACAUUACCUCAACGUCGCUACAUCGCUGCAAUGUCAUGAAAAUCCAGGUUCACAAUCCCAAAGAGCUGCGCAUUGUCUCCCUAGUCAGUGGACAGAAUCACAUGCUGCUUAAAUGCGUUGAUCUAGAAGCAGGUGGCAGCAGGCGCAUUGUCGCACUAGGUGACAAUAAGUUUGGUCAAUCAAACGCCUUUCAGUUCGAAGAGGAUGUUCGCCAGCUCGCCGUCGGCUGGACACACAAUGCAGCCAUGCUGAAGACCAAUAGCAUUUUGCUGUGGGGUCGUAAUUGCUAUGGCCAACUGGGCACGGGUGAAUUUUGUGAGCAGCGAGCGACGCCAACGCCAUUGCAACUGCAUCUGGAGGAGGGCACGACGCCAGCACGCCUGCACAUGGGCGCGGAGCAUGGACUGUUGCGAACCACAGCUGGCGAGAUCUAUACUUGGGGAUGGAAUGAGCAUGGAAAUUGUGGAAAUAACGCCACGGAAAAUAUCUGUGUUCCAACUUUAUUAAAGCUGCCGGGCUAUGCAAAACUUGCUGGAUCAGGCGCUGGAUUUUGCUAUGCGAUUGUGGAAGAGGCUGAUGAAGAAACUGCAACAACUCCUUGAAAAUGUUGCUUAUGUUAAGCAAGUCUUAGCCCAAGCCCAUAUCUAUUUUGGCAUAGUUUUAUAAAUGUUGUUAUAAAUAUGUAAUAA